AUGCGCCAUAAGCAAUUACAGCCACACCAAAAAAGUACCUCUAAAUGAAUCACAUCUAUUAAGUGAUUUAUUCAGGAUAGCUCAUCUACAUUUUUAGCAUCCGGCGCUUUAGUUACUUUAGCAUGGCUUGAUGUGUGCUGAUUCUCAGAAACAGCCGUCUAUAAGCCGACCACGACCAAAAACAGCGAUUUCAAUAAGUACACUAGAAACACCAACACCGGAAUUAAAGGACGUUACUACUGUAGACCAGGUGACCCUGCAAGUGAAAAAUCUUGCGGUUUCUCUUUCGUCCACAUCCUCGUCAUCAAGCUUUGCACCAAAACAACAACCCACCAUUGUGGACAAGUGUGUUGAGACUCUAAGCCAUCUGGAACGUUUUUGGGAGAAAUACAGUAAAGUAGAAGUGGAUGUAAUGGAAAUAAAAGAAGAGAAAAAACAACUGUUAAAGGAGAAUAAACAACUGAAGGAAAUGCUCAGGGCUGUUCUGGAGGCAACAGCGGUUGUUAAUACUAUUCCAAACAACAAGCCAGCUACUAAGUUACCAAGAAUUGCUUAUUCUGCACCCAUGCGUAGUGCCGUGUUCUAGAUGUCAUGGAUAUUCAAGAUUUACCGGUCUUCAAUGGAUACAGUGAAACGAUAGGUAGUAUGGACCGCGACGUUUUUAUAUCUGAAAAUAAAAAGGAUCCAAAUUCAGUUUUUAAGGGUACACUUAUUUAAAUUCACUAAAUCUUUAAUAUCUCAUAUCUCAGGUUCUAGUGAACCCUUUUUGAUAAAAUAUUGCACAAUAACAGAGUUAUCCAGGGUAACGUAAAUAUAGUCGGACGGUUGAAAAAUCUAGGGUCAGACUAGAUAAUGAUAACAUUAUUUCAUCAAAAUCAAAACCUUUUAAGAGAAACAUUGAAAGUUCA